AUGUCUCUGGCUGAAGAACUCGAACGAUUAUCAGGAGAAGGAGGCCAGAAAAAAGAGCUAAGUGAGUUGAAAAUUUUCCCAACAGGGAUUUUGAAAGCUUCUCAAAUCUCGGGAAAAAAACGUAGUCAUGUUAUUCCCAGUUGGCAUUCCAUCAGACGCGCACAUAAUAGUCAAAAGCCAGUGUUUUGCAGCUGAUUGCGCUGGCCUUCCGUAAACCUCAUAGAAAACGACUCAAUAGAAUGAAUGCAUUUUUUUCCUACUAUUGCCAAAAGCUUUUGAAAUUUAUCUUUUCUGCGGGUCCUCAAAGCAUCUUCGAGGGCUAUCUUGAAAAUCAGGCUAUCAGCUCAUAUGAAUAAUCGUCAAAUGCGGAUUAAACGGCAGCUUGCCAAGAAAAAAAAAACAUGCGCUGUGAAGUUUUCUUAAAAAACGACAUCUAGUUGAAGCUUCGAAGACUUUUUUCGCGAUUCAAUUUGCCGCGUGCCAACAUGAUUACAAACCGAAAGAAGCGAUGAAGCCAGGGGGCGCAAAUCAAAAUUGGAACGUAAGGCUGGAACAUCUCUUUUCUGUCGAAAAGGAGCAUCUAAAUCAAAAAGUCAAAAGUCACAGAAAAUAGUUUCUUGCGGCCCAACACAUAAUUAUGGAAAUUUAUGGGUUAAUCAGGCUUAGAGAGAAAAAAAAACACAUUAUAAAGCUUUCUCGCUCUGAAAAUACCUCUGAGAGGAUAUCAAAGGAAGGCGGGAUCGUAGAAACAUCAAAUUUUGAGGGUUCUUGUUCACCGCCUAGUCGAUUACAUCAGACUAAAACAACAAAAUAAAUGAUUUGAUUGAUUGAAGAUCUGAGAAGUUAAAUAUUCUGGAUUUGGGGCAUGUGGAGCAUGUGAGGUGAUCUCCUCCCUUAGAAAAAUCCGGAAUUUGAAGAAUGGGAAACUUGAGCGUCAUCUCCGGAGCAUUUUUUGGUCAAUUUACCCUAACUAUUUUUUUCAGACGGUUGGAGAUUGUCGCGAUCGGCGCCAGAGCUCACGCCAAGAAGAGCGCGACUCGUUGCCAAAGAUGGACGAACGUUGCUGAACAAUAUUCAACUCCCAGAAAGAUUCAAAGCAGCUUACAAGUAACACUUUUGACUUGCAACGAGCUCCUAUUUCUUCAAAGUUCAUGACUUUCCAGCAAGCGGGACACUUUUGAGAAUUUGAAAGUGUACUUUGAUAAUUAUAGCCCAAAAAGUUCAUUCAAACAGCUUUUCGAUUUAUAAUUGUCAGGUUGCUUUCUGAUAAUCAGGGAAACUUCAAUUUUGAAUUGCUUGAAAAAGUUCUUAUGAUAUUAGAGAUCCGUUCUGAAUAUUCCUGCAUCAAAAAAAUCUCCUUAAUCAUCUAUCUUGAUUUUCGACGAAAAAUGGUCCAAAAAGCCUUUCCGGCUAGUAAAACUUUUUUUUUGUAAAUGGACUGGCUGAAAAAGUUCAAACUCCAAUCCGCCAUGAGUGGUGAUAACCGUGGUUUUUGUAAAAAAUGAUCACGUCCAACCUGAAGAUUUCAAAAUAACGCUUCUACUGUGCUGCUUCUAUGCUGGGAGAUAAAUGCACCGUCUGUCUAGGUGGCGCUAUUGCAGAAACUGGUUUCACCUUGUCAUCGAGUGCAGUUGGAGAACGAUCGGAAUCAUUUUUUCUGGAGGUUUUCUCGUUUCUUGGAUGUUUUUCGCCGUCCUCUACUAUGCAAUAAGCAGGCUGAACGAGUACAAAAAGGUGGGUUAUAUUUGAUCAAUCAAGUCAAUAUUAUCCCGACCGUUUUCGAGAACAAUUUCGAAGUUUUCAGACAGAAUCUCCUUGUAUAGCGAACGUCGACACAUUCAUUAGCGCUUUUUUGUUCAGGUAAAUGCUUCCAUUCUUGUCGUGGUGGAAUCGAAGUAAAUAAGCCGUUUCCAGGCAGUUCUCUUUUGGCAUUCUAAUACCUUCUUUUCAUUGGAUUAUAGGAAUAAUAAACGCUUAUGAGGAAGGGGUUUAAUGAAUCCAUCUGCGGGAUAUUGAGAUUUGAGAAGUUUCAAGAAAUCUAGGCGACAGAGAAUGUAGUUUGAUGUUGCUACUCGAAAAUAAGAAAUUUAUAAUAUAUCUAUAUACAGUACCUUCAGAAAAGAUAAGAAAAAACGGAGUUCCGGUCACAACUUUCUUGGAAAGAAUUCAAUCUUUCUGAGACUUUCUGGAGUUGUGAUGACUGUUAUUUUUAACACUUUGAUAAUGUUUCAAUUCACAAGAAAAACACAGCUUCAGAAACUUUAAAAAAGAUCGAGUUCCUUACAAGAAAGACCAAAGUCGUUUUUUUUUUCUUAUCUUUUCGGACGGUACUGUAUAUCGAUUCGAUAAAAUCCUGGACAUACUAAAAUGAAGGCUCGAGAUUGGAUUUGUCGCAGGAAAAAGUAGUUUUGAAAUAUAAAGCCGCGAUUUGAAAAACAUUCAAACUCUAGAAGCUCUAGAAGAUUUUCUUAAAACUAAGAAAAGUUUUUUAGAACUCUAAAAAGUUCAGAUGAAGCAGUCUAUGGGAGGUGAAAGUUUUUAUCAAAUAUUCUCAAGAUUAGACUGAUACUUUUUGAGUUUCGAAGCGUCAAGAUAAAUUCAAUAAUUUCUCUUUUUCAUAUUCUCAAGCGAAUAUAGUUGAUUCACGGCUGGCUUGAGCCAUCAAAAAAGGGUCCUGACACGAUAAUAAAAAAGAAAGUGUCUAGUUGGUGCCACGCCCACUCAACGCCCCAAAUCAGGCGUGAAUCAGCUAUAAAUCGAAAUAACUUUCAUGAUCUUUUUUCAGCAUGGAGUCUCAACACACCAUCGGCUACGGGCUACGGUAAAACAGUUUGAAGAAAAGAUGAUAUUCAAGCCUUAUUCCGCAGGUACAUGACCGACACCUGUCCGGGAGCGUAUCUGACCCUCUGUGCUCAAUGUGUAGUCGGAGUUCUUCUGCAAACGGUGCUCGCUGGCUUGAUAGUGGCAAAGAUCCUCCGACCCAAAAAGCGCAGACAGGUUGGCUUGACGCCUGCAGCGAGAAUGUAGAUUGACGUGUUCAGGAAAUGCGAUUUUCGCGGAUGGCAGUAAUCGGGCCGCUGGAUGAACAUGACAAGCGACCGGCGCUAAUGGUUCGCUUGGCAGAUAUCCAAGAGAAGCUAUUUCUUGCCGAAUCCCACGUCCGGCUCUACAUGGCAUGCAGUAGAAUUAACGCGGUGAUUUUUGCGGAUUUCUUAUUUUUUCUAUCAAUUUAAAAAUUGACCAAAGGGGAAUCGAAGAAGUUUUUUUGAAUAGUUUUGUUGAAAAAAAGUGCGCUAGGCUUAUAAUCAGUUAACAAAGCGAGAUAAUGAUAAGAUUUCGAAAAAAUGGGUAUUUCCAAUGGAAAAAACGGGUAUGAAAAUGAGGUAUUUUUCAUAUAUAUGAAAAAUGAAGUAUUUUUCUUGAUUUUUUUAGAGCUCCAAUACUCCAAUCAAAUAAAUCGAAAGAUCAAAAAAUAACAUUUCUUUUUCGAGAAGUUGUAGAGCCUGAUUUCGCAGUUUUGGGAAAUAUGUAAAUAAAAAAAAAAUGGUUGCUUUUUUUGCCCAAUCAACCUCAAUAAUUCAUUCUCUUCUUCAGAGAGGAGACAGAGAGCUAAUCGGCGUCAAAGAUAUGAAUGUUGGGUACGACAGCGGGUUGGACCGAGUACUUCUUCUUUGGUGAGUUUUAAUCUCAAUCCAGAUGAACUCUAAAUGAACUCAGGCCAAUUAUCGUGAGGCACGUGAUCGACGAAUCAAGCCCUCUUCACGGCAUGACACGAGAAACAAUUCAGGUGGACUUUGAGGUUCAAAAAUCUUCCACGAAAUAUUAUUUUUCAGAAAGAAGAUUUCGAGCUGAUCAUGACAGUAGAGGGCAUCGUAGAGGCUACUGGUAUGACUUUUCAAGCUCGAACUUCUUUUCUACCUGAUGAAAUUCUAUGGGGUUACAAGUAAGGUUGAAAGUCGAGAGGGUGUCACAAAACCGUUGUUUAGAUUCAAACCGAUGGUUCUCAUGAACGAAAAGGCGUCGAAAUUCGAGGUUCACUAUGCUUUAUUCGACCAGACAGAAAGGUUUGUCGUCUAAAGAAUGUUUUUUUUUGGACAAUGAAAAAAAUUCUAAAGUUCUUCAAAAUUUUCACAAUCGUCAUGUUCGUGUCAUUUUUUGAAAUAUUUUUUUUUGUCAAUGCGGUCAUUCAAACGUUUUCAAGAAGAGGAGCACCAUUUUGAAUUAAAAUGAAGUUGAUUUUAGAGUAUUCGACUUCGAUUCUCAAGCCACGGAUACAGAAGAAACCGAAGAAGAUCAUCACCACAUUACUUCCGGGUUCUUGUAA